AUGGAGCUGCAACAUUUUGGCCAUGAGCAUCCACUGGAAUUCAAGUCUGAGGGUAUGUUUGAAGAAGAAGAAAAGGAAAAGUUGCCCAGUUAUAAUUGUUAUAUGUGUCGGAAAUCCAUUUCAUUGCCGGCCUACUUCUGUAGACAGUGUGAUUGCACCUGUCUCCACGAGACAUGUGCAAAGUUGGCUGAUCAGGAGAUUCUACAUCCAAUGCACUCAGCUCAUCCUCUUAAAUUCACCACUUUGGCUCAAUCCCUGCGCCGGUGUGAUGCUUGCUGGCAAGAUUUCUCUGGUUUCAGUUACAGUUGUCCAAAAUGUAAUCUGUACAUAUGCAUAGAAUGUGCUCUGAAAGUUUCAAAUCGACGGAUCAUCAAAUACGAUGUUCACCAACAUCCCCUGACACUAGUAAAAAAGGAAAAGUCAAGCAAGUGA